GGCAGUUUGUGCUGAGAGCACGUACUAAGUGGUGCCCAACUGCUGAUCAAUUGGUUAGUGAUUAAAUUUCUGAGGAGAUUCCCUGGCACAAGAAGAGUUUGUGCUUUGGAAGAGAGAUUGAGGAACGUGGCACCAAGAAAAUCAGCACAAUAUACUCCUGAGGAAUAAGGCUUUUGUGAUAUACAAGAAAUAAUGAUUGCGAUAUUUUCGUGUCAUGCUGUGCUUUGCAUACUUGUCGCACCGGUUUGGUCAUCGCCAGUACCAUCAUCAAAAGUGGCUGAUGCCAGUCGGAAAACCUUGAACCCGGUCAGGAAUGCUGCGGUGGCCUCUUUGACUAGAACGCAGGCUCGAGACGAGGGAUGGUCAGAUCAGAAUACCACUGAGAGCAACGGCAUAACAUCUAAUGACGUCCUCCAUGUGGCUAAACCUGGAUCAUCUGUUGCCUCGAACUUCCUCUUGAAUCUCAUGCAGAAUAACAAUGCGGUACAUUUGGCCUUUGAGGGUGAACCACCCAAAGAGAAUUAUGCAAACUUGCCCUAUACCCCAAUCCUCGAUUAUGCUUUCAUCAAACCUGAUAACGAAAGCGCCAAUAGCACCCCCAAUUGGCAAGAUACACUCGCUAAUAUCCAGAAGAACCCAGCCUUUCAGGGUGGAGCCAUAGUCAAACUACCCCCAAUUAAAAUUGUUGGGGCUGGGUCGGAAAGUAAAUUUCCUCUAGUGUUGGAAAUUUUCGCACAACGUAUUCAAUCAAUGUUCUCAACGUACGCUCAUGAGGAUUUGAGCAGACCACCAGUAUGGAAUAGUUCUCAAUAUCAAGCUAAUUUAACUGCACCAACUACUCUUAAAACUACCAUCCUCACAACGAGAAAGCCCAUUCAGACAACCCCUACAAGGACCACAAGAACCACAAGAACCACAAGGAUCACAAGAAGUACAGGAACUACUAGGACCACAAGGAAAAUCACUCGGGCUACAACAAGAAAACCUACCCAGACCACCACCAAAUAUUUACCAUACCCCUUUCCAUGGGUACAAUCAUCAGAAGAUCAAUCGGAUUUACCUAAUGAGAGCACCGAAAUUGUGGACAUAACUUACACAAAACCCAUCCCCGUGGAGAAUGAUACAUACAUUUAUGUGGGGGAGGGAGAUGAUGAAUUCGAUCGAGGUAUCCACAGAAGAAAACCCAGAGGCAUCCCCAACACUUUCCUCUAGAUUUAGGCGAAUAAUUCUUUCGAUAUCAAUCAUCAUGUUGAUCAUGUUCAAAGUUAAAUCCAUUUAAAUGGUCAUCAUUAUUGUAGUGUGACAAUAGAUCCUAAACUAAUUGUUGAUUGUUAAAA